GCGUUGUCUGAAGUGUUCGUUGUCAUCGUUAAGGUUCUCGUUGCUAUUGCUGUUGCUGAACAAAAUACCCAACGGUAGAUAAAGAAGACAAAGCUAGAAGUAUAGAAAGUGUCUCCAUCAUCAGUUAGACUCGAGGUUUUGAGUUAGAAACAACAAAAGUACAUGAAACACGUAGGCGGAAACAUACGAAUGACAAUUAGUGAUAAUUCAGGAAUAAUAAUAAGAAAAAAAAAAGAAAAAUAUAAUAAAACUCGCUGAAAUGGCGAGUACUGAAGACUCAAAUGAAAUCCUCGUGAAAAAUAGACUUAGAAAAAAUGAGGACAUUGGUGUUGUAAAUAGUUUUGGCUCAAUGGACAUUGGCAGAGGACAUCGGUUGCGAAGUGAAACUGAUAGCUUUCCAAACAUAAAUGAAAGACCUGUCGACGAUAUUUCUAUUGAAUUUUUUUAUACGCCACAUACUUUAACAUUACUUUUUAUUUCAAUUAGUGCUGUAAUCUACUUUGCCUUUGUCAGAGACAAUCGUGAUGUUGAUGACAAUUUAUGGGCUGGAAUUUUAUGCGUUAUAUUUUUUUUCCUCAUAAUAUCAGUGUUGACAUUCCCAAAUGGACCAUUUACAAGGCCACAUCCAGCUGUUUGGCGAAUUGUCUUUGGCUGUAGUGUUCUCUACCUCAUGUUUUUACUAUUUAUGCUCUUUCAAAGCUACGAGACCGUUAAGAAAAUCCUCGUAUGGGUAGAUCCCGGAUUAUCGACGUUUCGUAUUGAUAUGGACAAAGAAUAUGGUGUCAACUGUUCAGACAUCACUGUUGAAAAAAUUUGGAAUCAUCUUGAUGUCUUUGCUCUGGCCCAUUUUCUCGGUUGGGUUUUCAAAGCUGUACUGGUCCGUCAUUUAGGUUUACUUUGGGCAACAAGUAUUAUGUGGGAAUUAACAGAAAUGGCAUUUGCACAUUUGUUACCUAAUUUCGUCGAGUGCUGGUGGGAUGCCGUUAUCCUGGAUGUCGCAGUGUGCAAUGCACUUGGUAUAUGGGUUGGUUUAAAAAUUUGCUCAAUACUGGAGAUGCGGGAAUACAAAUGGGUCAGCGUACGUGAUAUUGAGAGUACUACUGGAAAACUAAAACGUGUUGUUCUACAAUUUACACCCGCAAGCUGGACUUCAGUACGAUGGCUGGAUCCAUACUGUACAUACAUGCGUUUUGUUGCUCUCUGUCAGCUUGUCAUUUUUUGGCAAAUUUCAGAACUUAACACAUUUUUCCUUAAACAUGUUUAUGAAUUCCCACCGUCACAUCCAUUUGUCGUGAGUCGAUUGGUGUUAGUUGGCGUUAUUGUUGCACCCUCCGUUAGGCAAUAUUAUAUGUAUGCUACCGAUCCGACAUGUAAACGAGUUGGUACUCAAUGCUGGGUGUACGGUGCGAUAAUGGUCACGGAAGCAUUGUUAUGCAUUCGUCAUGGUGCUGAACUUUUCGAACGAACUCAGGCAGUUAAUAUUAUAGUUUGGUUACUAUGUCAAACAUUAAUAUCAAUUCUAUGUGUCUACGGCUGUGUUCUCUGGCAUCAAUACUUUGAGAAAGGAAAUAAUACCAUGACGACAGACGCAAGUCCAACAACACCUGAAUCACCUGGAAACCUGGGAGGUGCUAAAAAAGAAUCUUCGGAACAUUGUGAUGAUAAGAAGAAAGAGCUGUAAAGAUGAAGACAAAUUACAAUAGAAACUUUUUUUUU